AUGGUUUUACCCAUAAAUGAGGCCAAUCAUUCAUUCAGUUAGCAAGUCUCAUCAUUCAUUUCAAUGAUCUUUCUUCAUCGAAUUCAAUAACUCAAUUAAUUUAUUCAAUCUAGCAUUGUAAUUAUUUAUGGAAGGAUUCAAAGAGGAAGCCGAUGUGCGAUUCAUAAAAAUGUCGGUUAUUUCUGUUCGACAGCCGGAAAAUGGAACUCCACCCCCACCUGGAGACAAAUAUAACAUAGUGUACAUGCUUUUCUUUUUCUUUGGAUUGGGAGGAGUAUUACCCAAUGUUUAUUUCAUGACUGCAACUGACUACUGGAUGUAUAAAUUUCGAGAUCCAACUCAAGAGAACUAUGAUUCCCACAAAAGAAAUCAGUUGCAAGCAAAUUUCAUGGGUAUUUCAGCGACAAUACAUUCUGUUCCAGGUUUGGUGACAACUAUGAUAUUGACAAGAUAUGGACAUAAAAUUCACAUCCGAAUAAGAAUUUUAGUGUCACUGAUCGCUAUAGUUGUCAUUUACAUUUUAUUCACUGCAUUCGUUGUAGUCAAUACAGAUUCAUGGCAAUUAGCAUUCUUCGUUUUGACCUUGGUGGUAUCAACUUCAAUAUGUGUAUUGCAGAUAAUCUUCCAAUUCAGUAAUUUGGCGUUGAUAUCAAGAUUUCCCAAUGAAUAUUUGAAAAGUCAAAUGUAUGGAACAAGUUCGUCAGGUAUCAUUAGUGCAGUUAUACAAAUAAUAUGCUUGGCAAUAGGUGAAACUCCGACAGAAAGUGCAUUGAUUUAUUUUUCAACUGGAACAUUCAUAUUAACGGUUACAUUGAUUCUGGCAUAUGUAAGCAAAAAUCUUCCUUUUUUCCAAUAUUAUUUGGGGGAUGCUGUGGCAGAUGUAAAAAAACCUGUGCAUACCUUGACCGAAAUGAAAGAAGUAACUAUAAAAAUUUGGCCUUUGAUAGGGAUGAUGUUUGUUGCCAUUGCGACCAUGUGCAUCUCACAUUCGAAUAUAACCAACCUUGUGGUUUCUGAGUGUUAUGGAGAGAAUCAGUGGUGUGAUAAAUUAUUUGUUCCCACAAUAACUUUUUUACUGGGAGACAUUAUGGCUCUAACUGGACGUUUUUUCGCUAAACCCAUUUUCACACCAAAUAAUGCCAAAUGGUUUGCUGCCUUCGAUGUAACCAGAACAAUUCUUAUGACACCCCUAUGUUUAUUCUGCAAUGCUUUGCCACGUAGGCAUCUACCAGUAUUGUUUCCACAUGAUUGGGAAUACAUAUUUCUUUUGGGUAGUAUUCAAUUGAUGAGAGCAUUCUUCAGUACAUGUUCAGCCCUAAGUAUGAGAAAUUUGAUUGGAGAUCAGGCAGAACUUGGGUUUCUCAUAAUGCAAACUCUUGGAGGAUUUACAGGAAGUAUUUUCUCAUUAUUGAAUCCAGUAAUUGUGAAUAAGCUAUAAUUGAAUUGGGAGAAAAAAAAAUAAGAAAAAUUCGAAAAUGUUAUGACAAAUUGGAAAUACUCUUGACAAUUGUAACUAUUGAUAGUAUACAGUGUGCGAAAAAUAAAUACUGUGAAAAGUGGAAUACAUCUAACGAAUAUAAUAAAGUCAUAUAGUA